AUAAAAGCAGCUUGCGAGGAAACGGUUGUUGGCAUUCCUUUAUCAAAUCUUAUCAAUGGCGUCAAUCCGUUGCGGAAUUCUCUUUGUUUUCAUCUUUUGUUGCUUGACGCUCUCGUUGGCGGAAUCCAGCUAUGGCGAUUUUUCCAAUCUUAAGUUCCCUAGGACGCAGGCGCAGAAACUCAUCAGAUCUCUCAACCUGUUUCCCCAGCAGGAAGUUAAUCAUCAUUUUGGAGACGAGUACGGCUCUGAUAAGUCGAGAAUUGUUGAAAAGCGACUGAACUUUCAUCCUCUCGGCGAUUCAGGAGCUUCCGUGCAGGACUUGGGACACCAUGCUGGGUAUUACAAACUUCCCCACACUAAAGCUGCCAGGAUGUUUUACUUUUUCUUCGAAUCAAGGAACAGCAAGGCUGAUCCUGUUGUGAUUUGGCUAACUGGAGGACCAGGUUGCAGUAGUGAAUUGGCCCUGUUCUAUGAAAAUGGACCUUUCCACAUUGCAAGUAAUCUAUCCUUAGAAUGGAAUGAUUUUGGAUGGGAUAAGGUUUCAAAUCUUAUCUAUGUCGAUCAACCAACGGGGACAGGUUUUAGCUACAGUUCCGAUGACGAUGAUAUUAGGCACAAUGAAGAGGGUGUUAGCAAUGAUCUGUAUGACUUCUUGCAGGCAUUCUUCAAAGAGCAUCCGCAAUAUGCAAAGAAUGAUUUCUACAUCACGGGAGAAUCAUACGCUGGCCACUAUAUUCCUGCUUUCGCCGGUCGGGUUCAUCAAGGCAACAAGAACAAAGAGGGGCUUCAUAUCAACUUAAAGGGCUUCGCAAUUGGCAACGGACUUACGAACCCCGAAAUACAAUAUAAAGCAUACACUGAUUAUGCUCUAGACAUGAAGUUGAUCACAAAAUCCGACUACAACAGCAUCAACAAAACUGUUUCCGAUUGCGAACAGGCAAUCAAGCUCUGUGGAGCCGACGGCGGAUCUUCUUGUGUGGCUGCAUACAUGGUUUGCAACACCAUCUUCAACCGUAUUGUGGCCCUUGCUGGAGGUGUAAAUUAUUACGAUAUACGAAAGAAGUGCGAGGGUGAUCUGUGCUACGACUUCUCGGAGAUGGAGAAGUUUCUGAAUGAGAAAACGGUAAGAGAAGCUCUUGGGGUUGGGGACAUAGAUUUCGUGUCUUGCAGCUCGACAGUGUACGAAGCUAUGGUGAGUGACUGGAUGAGGAAUCUCGAAGUUGGAAUUCCGACGCUCCUGGAAGAUGGAAUCAAACUUUUAGUGUACGCUGGAGAAUACGAUCUCAUAUGCAACUGGCUAGGGAAUUCGAGGUGGGUUCAUGCGAUGGAAUGGUCGGGGCAGAAACAAUUUGUGGCGGCCCGGACAUUGCCUUUCACGGUGGACGGGGUGGAGGCGGGGCUGCAGAAGGGGUAUGGAGUUCUAAGUUUCUUGAAGGUGCACGACGCGGGUCACAUGGUGCCGAUGGAUCAGCCGAAAGCGUCGCUGGAAAUGCUGAGAAGAUGGAUGCAGGGGAAGCUACCAUUGACACAAGUUGAGAGAGAUGGCCAUCUUGCUCCAAUGUGAUCAACAAAGAAGAAGAGGAAAUUCAAUAUUGGAUUGGAUUGGAUUAUUAUAGUUAUUGGCGUUGCGCUUCACAGCUUCAGUACCAAUUCCAGGUUUGGACUUGUGAAUUAUUGAUUAUUGCAAAAAAAUUUCAAUUACUAUUAUACAUGGUAAAAAGAUAUAUGCUACUACAUAGGAUAGGAUAGAUUUAUGCAACUAUUUCCGAGCACUUAAUUAAAUCGUUAUAUGUUAUAGAAAUACUAUAACUACCAUUACCAAAGUA